GAUAUAUACAAUAAUGCAUAACCUUUGCAAGAUCAAAAGUAGUCAUCAGAAUGUAAAGAAAAUAAAUAAUAAAAUAAACAAAAACUAAAGAUAAGAUGACGUAAAUCCAGUGAAUUGAUAAUAAAUAAUUUUUUAAUAAUUUUUACAAUAAACAUAAACAAAUAUAAUAAUAAUCAUAAUAACUCGUGAUGAUAGAAAAAAAUUUAUCAAAUUUACUGUUACGUGCUGUCACUAUUCGUCUAGACAAUAAAGAGUUCACUGUCCAUGAAAUCAAAUGAAACAUUUAUAUUUAUCAAAGCAAUAUUCACAUAUUAUUUAUUUAUUUAUUUAUUUAACAAUCACACAAAAUCAUAAAACCCGCCAAUUUUUAUUUAUUUAAAUUAAAACGUAACUUUUGAGUUGUGAGUCAGCAGUAAUUUAGUGAUAAAUAAAAAUAUUCAAAGAAAUGGAGCCGAAACCGGCAAGACCAAAUUAUACGAAUCAGAUUGAGGAAAAUAAUAAAAUCCCAGCGGGUUUUGUUUAUGAAAAUCGUGGAAAAUACACAGAUAAUAAAUCUAGUGAAGAAUGCGUUUUAUUAACAAGCGAAUCCAAAGGGGGACUGUCACAUCCACGUGCGUUAUUAUUUUUAGGACUAUGGUAUAUAUUUAGUGGGUGCACGUUAUUUCUUAAUAAAUAUAUUUUGUCUUACAUGGAAGGCGACCCAACAAUCUUAGGGGCGUUUCAGAUGAUAACGACAGCGAUAUGUGGGUUCAUCCAGAUGUAUUUCCCAUGUGGGAUGUACAAAACAAGCCCGCGGCUGGUGAAACCACCUGGAUUUUACAGGCACAUGAUAUUGGUCGGCUGCACGCGUUUCACUACAGUCUUACUUGGGCUGGUAGCCCUCAAUUAUGUUGCUGUCAGUUUUACUGAAACUAUUAAAAGUUCAGCUCCGUUAUUUACUGUUCUUAUUAGCAGAUAUUUAUUAGGUGAACGCACAGGAUUUUAUGUUAAUUUAUCAUUGAUACCAGUAAUGGGUGGCCUAGCACUUUGUUCAGUAAACGAACUAAGUUUCGACUUCAAAGGUUUUAUCGCAGCGAUGGCCACAAAUCUCACUGAAUGUCUGCAAAAUGUAUAUUCGAAAAUGUUAAUUAGCGGUGACAGUUUUAAAUAUACACCAGCAGAGCUGCAGUUUUAUACGAGUCUCGCAUCAAUCGUCGUACAAAUACCAGUGACAUUAUUAUUUGUCGAUUUAUAUACAUUGCAACAUUCCUUUAGUACAAAACUUUUAAUGUCAUUUUUAUUGAACGGCGUGUUCUUCCAUUUUCAAAGUAUUACCGCCUAUGUACUGAUGGAUUAUAUCAGUCCAGUUACACACAGUGUUGCCAAUACAGCAAAAAGAGCAUUUCUCAUAUGGUUAUCUGUGAUAUUAUUCGAUAAUCCGGUCACAGGUUUGUCUGCUCUAGGUACGUGUACAGUAAUUGCGGGUGUGUUGUUGUACAACCGCGCACAAGAGUACGACAGAGCUAAAAUAAACAAACUACGGUUCAACUCUAAAAUAAAUCUACACUGACUCCGACUUGGAAAUUAUUAAAUGUUUACUUAAUUAAUUUUAGUUUAGGUCAGAUGCAAUAAAGUAUAAUUUUUAUUAAAGAUCAUUGUUUUUAUUUAAUUAUUAUUUUAUAAAUAUCAACGAUGACAGACGGAAAUGUCAUUACAUGGAGAGAAAUUUACGGUAACAAUUACAAUAUAUUGUAAGAAUGCUUCCCAUGUUGUAUGGUAACCGGUUUUUUUUUUUUUACACAGAAAAAAUAGAUUUCUUGACGCAAGAAAUAUUUUGCACUAUGAAUUGAAGACAAACAUUUUCUUUAGGGGUGUGCGAAUAUCAUUCGAAUCGAAUCGAAUAUUCGACUAGUUCGAAUAAUUCGAAUAGUUCAAAUAAUUGUCUUGUGCUCUUAAAUUAAUCGAUUUCGAUGAAAAAGUUGUUUUGUUCGGGUGUAUUUGGCUCAAUUUGAAUAUUUUUUUUCAUAGAACUCAUUACUCAAAUAAUAAAAAUUUUAUUGUUAAAAAAAGUGUCAUCCGGUCAUAUCUGAAAUGAAAAGGUAAAUUUCGUAUGUUGAUUCGAAAAUUCUACAUAAAUUAAAUAAAACAUGCUACACGACAAAAUUUUUUUCAAAUUUUUCAUGUCAGACAGUCUGCAAGAUGUCUUUGAAAUUCGAUUUUCGAAAAUCGGUCCGAAAGCAAUAACUUCCCAAAUUUUAGGAAAUUUACAAUUUUCUUAGCGAGAAGUUAAAAAUGUCGAUAAUUACGACGAAUACGAAUUCUUCUUUAAUUUAAUAGUUAGUUUAUUAUUUGGUUUGAAUUCAGAUUAUUCGAAAAAUUCGAACUAUUUGAAUGAUUCGAAUAAUUCGAUUCGAUUCGAGAUGAAUAAUUCGUAAAUUCGAAUAUUCGCACACCCCUAAUUUUCUUUUAUUUUUUUCCUCGCCUCAAAAAAUUUUUUUUUGCUCCAAAAAAAAAUUUUUCUAGACCCAAGAUAAUUUUUGUUUUCAAUUUAUCAACCAUAAAAAUACAGUAAAAAUUUUUUGUGCCAAGAAAUCCUUAUUACUGUGUAAAUAUCAAUUAUAAAAAUUUCACCCAUACAAAUUAUGGUAAUAAUUCAUAUCUAUACGAUAUUGGAAUAAUUUCUAUAAAAUUUUGGUAAUAAUUCCCAUAACUUACAGUAAAAAUUACCAUAAUAUUAUAUAAUACUGAAAUUAGCAGACUUCUGAUUAUUUUUAGAUAUUUUUUAAAUCGAUAAAUUAUUAAAAAAAAAAUAUUUUAAAAAAUUGCACUUACAGUUUUUUUAAUUUUCUACAUGUGCAUUUUUUUUUCUUUUUUUUUUUUCAAGUUGUUGAAAAAAAAAUCAAAAAUUCUUAAUAGUCUGCAAACUUCAGGAUCAUGAGAUUAUAGUGAUGAUUCCUAUAAUCAUUACCAUAAAUUAUGGACAUCAUCACCAGAAAUUUAUUAACUUUUACCAUAAGUUAUGGGAAUUAUAAAUCCAAGUAAUGAUUACCAUAAAGUCAUGGGUUGAUAUUUAAUAAACGUACAAAGAACAGUUGCCAUAAUUUUUCUCUCCAUAAUAUGACUGCUUUGAAUAGAUAAGGAGUAAAAAAUAAACAACAAUUUUACUAUUAAAAUCUUUAAAUAUUUAUAUAAUUUAUUGUGAUGAUGAUAAAAUAUUAUUUUAAAAGAUUUAGGUAACUGAGUAUAUAUUUUUUCAAUGAUUAAAAUUAAUAUAAAUUUAUCUUGUUCGUUAUCUUUAUUUAAAUAUUCAAAAAUCCUAGAUCUUUAAAUUAAAAUUUUUGAUAAAUUUAUCUUUGCUGAUACCGCCAAUCGUUAAACAAAUUAAAGUCAUAGAUAAAACAAUAUUUUUUUAAAAAAGUGAUAACUAUUGGAAUGAAUGUGAUGCAGACAGAAAUAUUAAAUAUAUGAGUUUGGGACACGGAAACUGAUAAAAAUUUAUAUUUUCAUAAUUGACUGGCUUUCAGUGCUUGGUCCAAGUCAGCGAUCAAGUCGCUCUCAGUCUCAA